UACUCACCAACCACUUCACUCUUUUUUUCAUCACCAUUUGCUUAGCUCUCUUUGUCGUCUUCAAUUUUCACCUUCUCACAAAUCCCAUUGCGUUAUUUUGGCCACCACCCAAUUUUUAUUCCCUUUGGCUUGGAGUUCUCCUUCGGUAUCUUGAAAAGUUUUCCCAUCACUUUCUCUUUUCUGGGUAGUCUCUGUUUUUGAGUUUUGUUGGCAGCCAUGAACGCCCUCGCCGCAACAAGCCGCAAUUUUCGCAACGCGGCCCGUAUUCUUGGAUUGGAUGCUAAGAUUGAGAAGAGUCUCUUGAUCCCUUUCAGAGAGAUCAAGGUGGAGUGCACAAUUCCGAAGGACGAUGGAAGCUUGGUUUCGUACGUUGGAUUCAGAGUGCAACAUGAUAAUGCACGUGGACCAAUGAAGGGAGGGAUCAGAUAUCAUCCUGAGGUUGAUCCGGAUGAAGUAAAUGCCCUGGCCCAACUUAUGACCUGGAAGACUGCUGUGGCGGACAUUCCAUAUGGUGGAGCAAAGGGUGGAAUUGGAUGCACCCCAAGGGAGUUAAGUAAAAGUGAGUUGGAGCGUCUGACUCGUGUCUUCACUCAGAAAAUCCAUGAUCUCAUUGGAACUCAUACUGAUGUUCCUGCACCUGAUAUGGGCACCAAUGCCCAGACAAUGGCAUGGAUUUUGGAUGAGUACUCCAAAUUUCACGGUCACUCACCAGCUGUUGUGACUGGAAAGCCCAUUGAUCUUGGGGGAUCACUAGGUAGGGAGGCUGCAACUGGACGCGGUGUUGUUUUUGGAACGGAAGCUUUACUUGCAGAAUAUGGGAAGUCAGUUAAAGAUUUGACUUUUGUUAUUCAGGGUUUUGGAAAUGUGGGAUCCUGGGCAGCAAGGCUUAUACACGAGAGAGGUGGUAAGGUUAUUGCUGUGAGUGACAUCACUGGCGCAAUUAAGAACCCAAAUGGAAUUGAUAUCACGGAGUUGAUUAAGCACAAGGAAAACACUGGGAGUUUAUUAAAUUUCAGUGGUGGAGAUAACAUGGACCCUAAUGAACUGCUAGUACAUGAAUGUGAUGUUCUCAUCCCUUCUGCUUUAGGAGGAGUUCUGAACAGGGAAAAUGCUUCAUCUGUGAAGGCCAAAUUCAUUGUAGAGGCCGCAAAUCACCCUACUGAUCCAGAAGCAGAUGAGAUUCUAUCCAAGAAAGGAGUUAUAAUACUCCCAGAUAUAUAUGCAAAUGCUGGUGGUGUGACUGUUAGCUAUUUUGAGUGGGUUCAGAAUAUUCAAGGUUUUAUGUGGGACGAAGAGAAGGUCAAUAAUGAGCUCCAAAGGUACAUGACUCGGGCCUUCCAUAACAUCAAGAACAUGUGCAAGACCCACGAGUGUAAUCUCAGAAUGGGUGCCUUCACAUUGGGUGUAAACCGGGUUGCGCGUGCCACCGUCUUAAGGGGUUGGGAAGCAUAAAGAGCUUCUGUCAGUCUGUUGGAUUUCUUCUUUAUCUCUUCAAUACACAGUCACAGCCGAGGGCUGAAGAGGCAGCUUGAAGAAGCCAUUCUUUGUAACCUCCAAAAUUCUCUGUUCUCUUUUUCUGCAGUUAAUUGUGGCAUUUUUUGGCAGAUUUUGUAUCGAUUGGAGGAAGUGAUUCGUGAAGAAAAAUAUGAUUUUCUUGUUGCAAUGUGGCUCAAAUGAUAAA